GCCGUUGCCGGGUCUCUCACUGUUCUGCUUAUUGAUCCUAACUGUUAAACCCUUCAAAAGCCCUAAACUCAAACAUCGCACCUCUGAAUCUCCAGAAGAAGAGGGAAACCGGAAAAACUCCAUAACUGAAAGAGAUGGGAAAAUUUCCACCCUCCAUGAGAGGAGCCAAGCUACCCAUGAACGCCCUUAUCAACAAAACCCCAUCUCAACCCCAUCCCCUCACUGAAAAUUUCCCUUAUUGGGCAGACAAAAAGAUUCCCAAGAAAAAACCCACAAAACUGCCAUCGGAAAUGACAUCUCAGCUCCCUGCAAUCACCUUCAAUCCCCCUAGCCUUUCAGAAGCCAAAACCCUUUUCAAUCAGGUUAUAUCAACUCCAGGAAAAACCCCCUUAGACCUCAGGUUCUGUAAUUCGGUCCUCCAGUCAUUUUCAUCCAGAGCGACCCUCCAAGAUUCAAUCUUGUUCCUCAAUCACAUGAUCAAGACUCACCCUUCAUUUUCCCCUGAUAGCUCUACUUACAAUGUGCUUCUCGUUCAAUCUUGCAAAGCUAAUGAUUUUUCUAUCUCAUCCGUCCACCAGGUGCUUAAUUAUAUGUCCAGCCAAGGUUUUCCACCAAAUAAGGUGUCUACGGACGUUGCUGUGAGGACCCUUUGCUCCUGUGGACGGGAAGAGGAUGCCAUUGAGUUGGUUAAGGAUCUAUCAGGCAAGAAUUUGGUUCCUGAUUCAUAUACUUACAAUUUUUUAGUUAGACAGCUUGUAAGGAAUAGGGAAUUGAGUACUGUGAAUAGUUUCAUCAAGGAAAUGAGGGAGGGCUUCGGGAUACAGCCUGAUCUGGUGACGUAUACAAUUAUGAUCGAUAAUGUCUGUAAUAGGAAGAAUCUCCGAGAGGCUACCCGGUUGUUGGGGGUUUUGAGUGAGGAAGGAUAUAAGCCUGAUUGUUAUGUAUACAAUACCAUUAUGAAGGGCCAUUGUAUGUUGAGUCAAAGUGGAGAGGUGUUGGAUGUGUAUGAGAAAAUGAAGGAGGAAGGGGUGGAGCCAGACCUUGUAACUUAUAAUACUUUGAUUUAUGGGCUAUCAAAAUCAGGGAGGGUGAAGGAGGCUAAGAAGUUUCUUGGCAUCAUGACAGAAAUGGGACAUUUUCCGGAUGCAGUUACUUAUACUUCUUUGAUGAAUGGAAUGUGCAGGGAGGGCGAUGCACUUGGGGCAUUGGCAUUGUUGGGGGAAAUGGAAGCAAAGGGGUGUAAUCCUAAUGUGUGCACAUAUAACACAUUGCUUCAUGGGUUGUGUAAGGCGAGGCUGUUGGAUAAAGGGAUUGAAUUGUAUAAGGUGAUGCAGGAGGGUGGCAUGAAGCUUGAGACAGGAUGUUACGGGACAUUUGUGAGGGCGCUUUGUAGGAAAGGUAGAGUUGCGGAAGCUUAUGAAGUUUUUGAUUAUGCAGUGGAGAGUAAGAGUAUGACUGAUGUUGCAGCUUAUUCAACUCUGGAAAGUACUCUUAAGUGGCUGAAGAAAGCUAGAGAACAAGGCCUCGCUGCUUGAUCUAGAUAGAUGGUGCUUUCCACUGGGCAAGUCUCUGGCGGUUUCUUGCUGUGUGUAUGGCAAAAGUCAAAAGCAUUGGCUACAGAAGUGCAAGCAAGUUUCCUGGUUCAAAGUUGAAAGAAUUCUUGAAAUAUGGAUCAACCCUGCUGUGUCUCAGUCGGAAAUGGUCAAGAUCAAUUCUUUUUGUGAGAAAUGAGGAUGGCCUGCGAAACUCUAAAAUGAAAAUGCUGAAAGUAAACUUCUUGUUGCAUACACAGCCUUACCAGCCAUAUUUUCUUAAUACGAAGUUAAAGAGCGAUUGGAAAUGCUGCAA